GACGUGCUACCCGCCCCAGUAGCCCACUUCUUCUUCUUCUUCUUUCUUCAUAGUCGCGGUCUUCUUCUUCUUCUUGUUCAGUAGUCUUGUUCAGUUCUUCUCCAGAAUCCAGUCUCCAGUCUCCAGUCUCCAGUCUCCAUUCUCCAGUUCGGCAGGUCCAGGGCAGACAGCUGACGGCAGUCCUUACCUCAGGCAGAUAGUCACCGGACAGCCGCAUCUCCGCUCAGGAAACCUCACACAAUUGGAGGGGAAGAAAAGCAGAAAAAGAGAAAGGCGAUUUCAGAAGAAUACAGAAAGAAAAGACUAUAAUGGACAAGAGCCGAGCAGAAAAGGUGCAGAGAUUUGAGGAAUUUGUUGACCGUCGACUAAAGCCAGAUCUUGUCCGUGCUAUUGCAGAAAGGGACAAGCUCUUUGAACAACAAAAAGUUUUCUCUGAUUUGAGGAAGAAUAUAGAGAAUCUAGAGAAAAACAGUGUGACCAGCCUCAGGUCUUUAGUCAAUCUGGGAUCUGAAGUGUACAUGCAAGCAGAUGUCCCUGAUACAAGGCGGAUCUUUGUGGAUGUUGGGCUUGGGUUCCAUGUGGAGUUUACUUGGUCUGAAGCAAUCGGUUAUAUAGCAACAAGGGAAGAAAGGUUAUCCGGGCAAAUUGAAGACUAUACUCGCCUAAUUGCAUCUAUCAAGUCGCAAAUCAAAAUAGUUUGUGAAGGGAUCCGAGAGAUACUUCAAAUUCCGACAAACUCGUCUAAUUGAACUCUUCCAUGCUUUUUUAUAUCAAUGAAAUUUGGAUUUUUAUUGCAUUUUAGUUUAAUAUGAUGACUGUUAUUGAAUUCUGUAUGAUUUACAUUUUAUCUAUGAAAUUCUGUCUUUAUACAUACAAUUUAUUUAUAACAUGAAAG